CUUUUCCCUUGCCCUUGGCGCUGCAGUUUCCCUGCUCUCUAGCUCUAGCAGGAUCGAAGGCCACCAGUCUUGGUGAGAGAAACGCUACGCCGUCGUUCUCCUUCACGAUCGUUCCUGCGCCGCAGAGAACUAUGAGGGCGAAUUCAGUGAAUGGCCGGAGCUUCUUCCAGUUUUGCUGCUCAGAUCUUGCUCCUUCCUUGCGAUUUCGCUCAUUCAGCAGUGAAGUUGGUGGUAGAAACAGUAACAGUAAUAGCCCUUUUGAGAGUGGAGAUGAUUUUGAGCGCCGUUUAUUUGGUGACGUUGGCAACAGUGCAGAUACUGGUUCUUUUUUUCGGAAGCUAGACAAAGUUGAGCAGGCUCAUGGGAGAUCUUUCAAUAGCUUGGGAGACAAUGAUGGUCGUAAUUCACGAUUUAUGGAUGGUCAAGGUGAAGGUUUUGAUACACUCUCAGAUGGUAUGGAUUCAAAAUUGAAGAAAGCAGCUAAUACUUUUGCUUUUACUGAUGAGAUUAAGGAUGAUGAUUAUAAGUUUAGACCGGAUGUGACAUUUAGGCCUGGAACAACCUACACUCUUAGGGAUCUUGAUCUUACAAAACCUGGAAUACCGAGAAGUUUUAAAAGAACAGAAUUUGAAACCACCACCAAAGAAGUUCUGAAGAAGGCUGAUUUCAGGAAUGUGAGAUUUCUUUCCAAAUUUCUAACCGAAGCUGGAAUUAUCAUCAAAAGAAGUCAGACCAAGAUUAGUGCUAAAGCUCAGAGGAAAGUUGCAAGGGAGAUCAAGACUGCGCGUGCCUUGGGGCUUAUGCCUUUUACCACAAUGGGCACAAAACCUUUCAUCUUUGGGAAAACUAUGGAAGAUAAGGAGGAGGAAUUUGAAUACGACACAUACAAUGGUGCUACUUCCCCGGACUUGGAUGAUGCUGGAAGUUGAUGUCACAAUAUUAUCACUUCGAACAUUUUCUGAAGGUGAAUGGUUCUUCCUAGUCUGCUUCUAAACUUUGACUUCGUUUGGGACGGCUUUUUUUAUUGCUUUUUAAAGCAGUUUUUUAGGGCAGAAAUUUAAAUUUUUGUACUAAAAUAAUGCUUUAGGAAGCAGGAAAAAAAUAGUCCCAAACGAAGCCUUUAUUGGAGAUAUUUUCUCUGCUGUUUUUGGUGGUAGAAAAGCAAGCCUACUUUUGGAUUAAUUAUGCUGUGUGGAUGUCGUCCGGAGACCAACCAAAAUGCACCAUGUUACCCUUGUGCUCGGUACCGUGAUGUGGCGUAUUCUGGUUGGUCUGCGGACGGAUUUUUACGUUCGGUCUCCGCACAGAAUAAUUUCUCUUGCUUUUGGUGGCUUGUACUUUUUUGUUUUUCACUUUUAAAAUUGAAUUUUUAGGGGUCUAUUUGAGAAAACUUUUUUAUUAUUUUGCUUUUCCGACUAAUAUCAGUAUAUCAUAGUUCUUUUUUA